AUGGAAGAUUUACUUUUAGUCUUGCAAGUGGUCAAUAUCUCCUCUGUGCCUCCUUCUGCUGAGGAUGAAGUGAGGGCGGCUAAACUAACCUUGGGCUCGAGGGAAGCCAUCGAGGCAUCGAUGGCUCGGCCUACUGAAAAUCAAGUGGGGUCUCAGGAGGGGCCUUUGACAAGGCUAGCGAAACACCUUCAUAAAACUAGGCCAUUGAGGAAGUGGUGGAGAAAGGUGGAGGUGGAGUUGGCUUGUAAGGCGAGAUAUAAUUAUCUCGAGGAGCAGCUUUCGGUCGAGAUGAGGAGUGUUUCGGAUCAUUUCCAUUAUCCUCCAAGGGUUGCCAACUGCCUGGAGGCACUAUUGGAUAUAAAGGAGCAGGGAUGGAGACAUGAGCUCAGUAGCGGAAGUGGUGUCGAGGGUGAGGAGUUGAACAGUGAGGCUGAGGAGGGCUCUGCCGAGGAGGCUGGGGAGGCAGGUGAGGGUUCUGCUAAACAGGCUGGCGAGGGUUUAGCUCGAGACGGUUGGGCGAGCUUGCCAGAGAAAAAAGGUGAAGGUGACAAACCUGAAGUCCAGUCGACUCUUGUGCCACCCACUAGUAAUGCUCCUCCGCUCCUGGUUCCUGGUCCUGUGUAA